UUGUUCGUGCCGUGUGGUCACUUGUCAGCUCGUGAAAUCCCGAAUCGAAACCCCUAUGUGAUACUCAUAAUGAUUUUGGUCGGACUAAAGGCUUUCAAAAAUGUAUGGCUGGUUGGAUUUUUGUGGCUUUUAAGCGGCCCAAACAGGAAGAUAGCUGCGCAAACUACUCAAAAUAUCAAUGUCUUGUUUAUCAACGAGGUGGACAAUGAACCAGCGGCCAAGGCGGUGGACGUGGUGGUUACCUACUUGAAGAAGAACAUCCGAUAUGGCCUCUCGGUGCAGAUGGAUUCGAUAGAGGCCAACAAAUCGGAUGCCAAGGUGCUGCUGGAAGCCAUUUGCAAUAAGUAUGCGACAAGUAUUGAGAAGAAACAGACGCCCCAUUUGAUCCUGGACACCACUAAAUCCGGAAUAGCCUCGGAAACCGUGAAGAGUUUCACCCAGGCCCUGGGAUUGCCCACCAUUAGUGCCUCAUAUGGUCAGGAGGGCGAUUUGAGGCAGUGGCGCGAUUUGGAUGAGGCCAAGCAGAAGUAUCUACUGCAGGUAAUGCCCCCGGCGGACAUUAUUCCCGAGGUUAUCCGAAGUAUUGUGAGGCAUCUGAACAUCACCAAUGCUGCCAUUCUGUACGAUGAAACCUUCGUGAUGGACCACAAGUACAAGUCCCUGCUGCAGAACAUCCAAACCCGUCAUGUGAUCACCGCAAUAGCCAAAGAUGGAAACCGUGAACGCGAGGAGCAGAUCGAAAAGCUUCGUAAUCUGGACAUUAAUAACUUUUUUAUUCUGGGCAAUCUGCAAUCGAUUCGCAUGGUAUUGGAAUCUGUGAAGCCGGCGUAUUUUGAGCGUAACUUCGCCUGGCAUGCAAUCACUCAGAGCGAAGGAGAAAUUAGUAGUCAGCGGGAUAAUGCGACCAUCAUGUUCUUGAAGCCCAUGGCGUAUACGCAAUAUAGGGACCGCUUGGGACUGCUACGAACCACCUAUAAUCUCAUGGAGGAGCCGCAGUUGGCGUCUGCAUUCUACUUUGAUCUGGCACUCCGCAGUUUUCUUACCAUUAAAGAAAUGCUACAAUCGGGUGCCUGGCCAAAGGACAUGGAAUACCUGAAUUGUGACGAUUUUCAAGGCGGCAACACACCACCGAGAAACGUGGAUCUGCGGGAGUACUUCACCAAGAUAAGCGAGCCGACAUCGUAUGGAACCUUUGAUCUUGUCACGCAACCCAGGCAGCCCUUCAACGGCUUUAGCUACAUGAAAUUCGAAAUGGAUAUAAACGUGCUACAGAUUCGUGGCGGCAGUUCCGUGAACAGCAAAUCGAUUGGCACCUGGGCAGCGGGUCUGGACUCGCCCCUCAUUGUCAAGGAUGAGGAGCAGAUGAAGAAUCUGACGGCGGACACGGUGUACCGCAUCUUUACAGUAGUGCAAGCUCCCUUCAUUAUGCGCGAUGAAACGGCACCGAAGGGAUACAAAGGAUACUGCAUAGAUCUCAUCAACGAGAUAGCUGAUAUUGUCCAUUUCGAUUACACCAUCCAAGAAGUUGAGGAUGGUAAAUUUGGUAACAUGGACGAGAAGGGCGAAUGGAAUGGCAUUGUGAAAAAGCUGAUUGACAAACAGGCUGAUAUUGGCCUUGGUAGCAUGUCCGUGAUGGCCGAAAGGGAGAUUGUCAUUGACUUUACGGUUCCCUAUUACGAUCUGGUGGGGAUCACCAUCAUGAUGCAGCGACCCAGUUCUCCCAGUUCGCUUUUUAAGUUCCUCACCGUUCUGGAGACGAAUGUGUGGCUCUGCAUCCUGGCUGCCUACUUCUUUACCAGCUUCCUCAUGUGGGUCUUCGAUCGCUGGAGUCCAUAUAGUUAUCAGAAUAAUCGCGAGAAGUACAAGGACGACGAGGAGAAGCGGGAGUUCAAUCUGAAGGAAUGCCUGUGGUUCUGCAUGACUUCGCUGACACCUCAAGGUGGUGGCGAGGCUCCCAAGAAUCUCUCUGGACGUCUGGUGGCCGCCACUUGGUGGUUGUUUGGCUUCAUCAUCAUUGCCUCGUAUACGGCCAAUUUGGCUGCCUUUUUGACCGUCUCCCGUUUGGAUACGCCCGUCGAAAGUUUGGAUGACCUGGCCAAGCAGUACAAGAUCCUAUAUGCUCCUUUGAACGGCUCAUCGGCAAUGACUUACUUCGAGCGAAUGGCCAAUAUAGAGCAGAUGUUCUAUGAGAUCUGGAAAGACCUGUCCCUUAAUGACUCUUUGACUCCGUUGGAGCGUUCCAAGCUGGCCGUUUGGGAUUAUCCGGUGAGCGAUAAGUACACCAAGAUGUGGCAGGCCAUGCAGGAGGCAGCUCUGCCUGCAACUCUCGAUGAAGCGGUGGCCCGGGUGCGGAACUCUACAGCAGCCACGGGUUUCGCCUUCCUGGGCGAUGCCACCGAUAUACGGUAUCUGCAGUUGACCAACUGUGAUCUCCAAGUGGUGGGUGAGGAGUUCUCCCGGAAACCCUAUGCCAUCGCCGUUCAGCAAGGCUCACAUCUCAAGGAUCAGUUCAAUAACGCAAUCCUGACCCUGCUCAACAAACGACAACUGGAGAAGCUCAAGGAGAAGUGGUGGAAGAACGACGAAGCCCAGGCCAAGUGCGAGAAGCCGGAGGAUCAAUCGGAUGGCAUAUCCAUCCAGAACAUUGGUGGUGUCUUCAUUGUGAUCUUUGUGGGCAUUGGAAUGGCAUGUAUCACUUUGGUCUUUGAGUACUGGUGGUAUAGGUACCGCAAGAAUCCCCGAAUCAUCGAUGUGGCCGAGGCCAACGGGGAUCGUUCGAAUGUCAAGGAUCAUCCCGGCAAAAUGGCAGACGGAGUAAUCCUUGGCAAUUCGGGCGAGAAGUUUGAAAAGUCGAAUGCUGCACUGCGUCCACGCUUUAAUCAGUAUCCGGCCACUUUUAAGCCACGUUUCUAGGAUAAAUCUGUUGGCAAUGAAUCGAAUAUUAUAGUAAAUCGUGCACUGGGAUGUCUAUGUCUAGUAUUUAAGCAACUUCAGACACUUUGUGCACUUUUAUUCAAAUCGUAAUAAAUGUUU